AAAAAGUAUAAUUUGAGACAAUUUGUACAUUAUUGGUAAAUGUAUUUUUAGAAUGAAGAUAUAAGAUCUAGUAAGGAUGGCACAUAAUGGCAAAUCAGAUUGUCCACCUGUCGAUCCUCGGCCACCUUACGACGAGGUCAAUCAUCAAGUAGGUUCGAUUAAUCUGUCGAUUAAGGUUCCUAAAAAUGUUGGUCGAUUAAUAAAUGUGGAUGCUCCCAAUGCCAAAGAUGACACUGCAUGCGCCAAGGUGAACGUGAUCCAGAAUAAAAUGCCGCCGGCAAAAAGCCCGGAACAGGAGAUACUUUUGCUGCACGCUACCCGUUAUAUUAUGAACGUCGAGGAAAUGCAGAACACCUUAGAGCUUGAAUUGAAGAUGCCGCGGAAUUAUGAGCCGUACCCAGAGCCGCCGCCGUUUAAAAUCCUCUUUCAGGAUAAUGAAAAUGAGAAGGAGGAUAGUGUGAAGGACGAGCCCGAAGAGAGCCCGAAGAAUCAGAACGAUAGUGAAUUUAAAUCCAAAUCUAACUGUUGUGCGAACAAAAAGAAUAAAUAA